CUAUUGGCUUCCUGAUCCUUGUGACACACAAGGCAUACAUUUGGCACUCAAGCAAGAGGCUGGAAGUGGAGGAGAGAAUAAGACCCAUAGCAAGACUGCAGUAGCAAGGACCAGCACAGGCCAACUGUGAAACACUGGCUAAUGGCUGAUCGAGUGCUUGUGAUCGGCAGUGGAGGCAGAGAGCAUGCACUGGCCUGGAAGCUGGCCCAGUCCCCACAUGUAAAACAAGUGUUUGUUGCUCCUGGAAACGCAGGGACAGCCAACAGUGGAAAGAUUUCAAAUUCAGCUGUCUCAGUCAGCAAUCAUGCUGCACUUGCUCAGCUCUGCAGAGAUCAGGAGAUCAGGCUGGUUGUGGUUGGUCCAGAGGUUCCUCUCGCUGCUGGAAUUGUUGAUGACUUGACAGCAGCUGGAGUAAGAUGCUUUGGUCCCACGGCAAAGGCAGCUCAGCUGGAGUCCAGUAAGAGCUUUACCAAAUCCUUCUUGGAUCGUCAUGGGAUCCCAACUGCAAGGUGGAAAUCUUUUACUGAUCCGAAGGCAGCAUGUGGCUUCAUUAACAGUGCAAACUUCCCUGCUUUAGUUGUAAAAGCUAGUGGCCUGGCAGCUGGCAAAGGAGUAAUUGUGGCAUCAAACAAAGAAGAAGCCUGUAAAGCUGUUAAUGAAAUCAUGCAGGAUAAAACUUUUGGCACAGCUGGGGAAACUGUUGUUGUUGAAGAACUUCUUGAGGGGGAAGAAGUUUCUUGCUUAUGUUUCACUGAUGGCACAACAAUUGCUCCCAUGCCCCCAGCGCAAGACCACAAGAGGUUGAAGGAUGGAGAUGAAGGCCCUAACACUGGAGGGAUGGGAGCUUAUUCUCCAGCACCUCAGAUUUCUAAAGAUUUACUGCUGAAAAUAAGAGAAACUGUUCUUCAGAAGACUGUUGAUGGCAUGAGGAAAGAAGGUGUCCCCUAUCUUGGUGUGCUUUAUGCUGGGUUAAUGCUUACUAAAGAUGGGCCUAAAGUUCUAGAGUUUAACUGCAGAUUUGGUGACCCAGAAUGUCAGGUGAUUCUUCCACUGUUGAAAAGUGAUUUAUACGAAGUUAUGCAAGCAGUUAUCAAUAAAAAGCUGUCUAGUUCCAUGCCAGUCUGGUUUGAAGACAGUGCAGCUGUGACUGUGGUCAUGGCUAGUGGAGGGUAUCCAGGAACGUAUCCGAAGGGUUUGGAAAUAACAGGACUUUCUGAGGCUAAAGAACUAGGACUGGAGGUGUUCCAUGCAGGCACAGCCCUGAAGGAUGGCAAAGUGGUGACUAAUGGAGGAAGAGUCCUUACAGUGACCGCUAUUAAAGAAGAUCUAAUGACAGCACUGCAAGAAGCCAACAAGGGAGUAGCAGCCAUAAACUUCAAGGGUGCCAUUUAUAGGAAGGACAUUGGUUAUCGGGCUAUAGCUUUCCUGAGUCAAUCCAGAGGCCUGACUUACAAAAACAGUGGGGUAGACAUCGCAGCAGGGAAUAUUUUGGUUCAGAAAAUUAAACCUCUAGCUGCAGCCACAUCAAGAUCUGGCUGCAAUGCAGAACUUGGAGGAUUUGCUGGCCUCUUUGAUUUGAAAGCAGCUGGUUACAAAGAUCCUAUCUUGGUAUCUGGAACUGAUGGUGUUGGCACAAAACUCAAGAUUGCACAAGUGUGUAAGAAACAUGACACUAUAGGUCAAGACCUGGUUGCUAUGUGUGUCAAUGACAUCCUGGCUCAAGGAGCAGAGCCCCUCUUCUUCCUUGACUAUUUUGCUUGUGGUAAACUUGAUGUUGAAGUGGCUCAGGGUGUCAUUGCAGGAAUAGCUGAAGCAUGCCAAAAGGCAGGAUGUGCUCUUUUGGGAGGAGAAACUGCCGAAAUGCCAGGCAUGUAUCCACCCGGCGAGUAUGACCUGGCAGGCUUUGCUGUCGGUGCAGUAGAGCGAGGGCAAAUGCUGCCCCAGCUAGAGAGAAUUGCUGAUGGAGAUGUGGUUAUUGGAGUCGCUUCUUCUGGGGUUCACAGCAAUGGGUACAGCCUUGUAAGGAGGAUUGUUGAAAAGUCAUCGCUGGAUUUCUCUUCUCGAGUUGGCGUCUCUGGUGAUCAGACAUUAGGAGAUCUGUUGUUAACCCCAACUAAGAUCUACAGUAAGACUCUGCUGCCUGUCCUUCGCUCAGGCCACGUGAAAGCUUAUGCACACAUCACUGGGGGAGGCUUGCUGGAAAACAUCCCCAGAGUUCUCCCAGACUCCUUUGGUGUCGUUUUAGAUGCUCUUAGCUGGAGGAUUCCUGAAAUCUUCUGUUGGCUCCAUAAGGAAGGCAACAUCUCUGAGGAGGAGAUGACUCGGACAUUUAAUUGUGGGAUCGGUGCAGUUUUGAUCGUUCAGAAGGAGCUGGCUCAGCAGGUGCUCAAGGAAGUGCAGAAACACGAGGCAGCCUGGCUGAUUGGAAAAGUUGUCCCUCUACAAAAAGGCUCUGCCCAUGUUAAAGUCCAUAACCUGCUUCAAGCUUUGCAAGCAAAUAGGUCAUUGUCUGUGCACAGCCAUAUCCAAGGCAAAAUCCAAACAAACAAAGUGAAGGUUGCUGUCCUUAUCUCUGGAACAGGCACAAACCUGGAAGCCCUCAUAAAUAGCACAAAGAAACCCACCAGUUUUGCAGAAAUAGUUCUUGUUGUUUCUAACAAAGCUGGUGUGGAGGGGCUAAGGAAAGCUGAAAGAGCUGGUAUUCCUACAAGGGUUAUUGACCAUAAACUGUAUGGAAGUCGCACUGAAUUUGACAGUGCAGUUGACAGAGUCCUUGAAGAAUUCUCAGUUGAGCUGAUCUGCCUUGCUGGAUUUAUGCGAAUACUGUCAGGUCCUUUUGUCAAGAAAUGGGAAGGAAAAAUAUUGAAUAUCCACCCAUCCCUACUGCCCUCUUUUAAGGGAGCAAAUGCCCACAAAUUGGUGCUGGAAGCUGGAGUCCGAGUAACAGGCUGUACUGUGCACUUCGUGGCUGAGGAGGUUGAUGCUGGAGCAAUCAUUUUCCAAGAGGCAGUUCCAGUGAAGAUUGGUGACACAGUGGAGACCCUGUCUGCGCGGGUGAAGGAGGCGGAGCAUCGGGCUUUCCCUGCUGCCCUGCAGCUCGUUGCCAGCGGGGCUGUGCAGGUGGGCGAAGCCGGCAAGAUCUGCUGGAAGUAGAUCCUUGGAUGUGGCAGCUGAAGUGCAUCCAUUGGUCAAAACGGAGGUCACAGUUGAAAAACGCACAGGCUGUAUUCUCUUCACAAAGCGGCCCAGAUUCUGGCCAUAUCCACUGACUUCAAAUAUUGAACCUGCUCUCAGUCAGACACCAAAUAGAAUUAAACUUCUGACCAUUUGCCUUCAGGGAUUCCCCCAUCGAUCCAUAUGUGAAUUCCUCUCAGAGAUCUGUUCAGAGCCAACAGAGCAGAGCCUGCUUUGGCCUGAACAGAAAGGGAAUUAGGACUGGAUACAAAAUGCAUUCUCUGCUUGUGAGACGUUCUUUAAAACUUCUGUUGAAGUUAAGUGCCUGUAUUCUGGGAAUGAUAUUUUCACCUAAAAUAAUGCUGAUGCAAACCCAGGAAAUGUUAUAAAUGAAAACAGUAAAGUAUUUUUCACAGUUGAAUUAUUGUGAAAAUGCACUCAGUUUUCUUUUUAAUUUUUAGUAUAGCUGUGAAAAUGUUUUAAUUUUUUUUUACUAGAAGUAUCAUUUUUCUUCCAUAUAAACCAGAAGCAUCGCUUCCAGCUCCUUGUCUACGCUUUAGAACUACUCUCGGAGAAAACCAGUUUCUCUUCUGUGUCCUAAUCUCAAUUUGGAUUUGAAAUAAAAGUCUAAUAAUGUUA